UGUAAAAAUUGAAAAAUUUCAAAAAUUAUUCUUGAUUACAUCACUAGAGGCACCAAAAAUAAUAAAAAAUAACUUCAAAUUUCUAACACAACGUAAAUAAUUCUUGAAGAUUAACAUUCUCGAAAGAUAUGGGUCAGGUAGACAUGGUUCAGGUCGACUUGGACCCAGAGCAGUCAAUACAGCUUGAAAAGAAUGAGGAGGUUGGAUCGUGUGAUAAGAAGAAGGGGCAGAAGGGGACGGUGGACAGUGUAGGGGAACAAUCACAAGAGGCAAUCAUUGAUUUUACCCCGACGCAGGAGGAGCUUCACUGGCUGGAAGGAGGUAUGGUGGCAAUAUUGAAGUCCUUAAUGUCAAUCUCAAACAUUCAGGAGAGAAUCGAUGUGGAUGGAGGUUUGAUUAUGGUAUCACCAUUAGGGGGCAGGUCAGUGCUGUUACUUGAAAGAGUGAAAGGUUAUCUGGGUAAGUACAUGGAACAGAAUAAAGAAUUGUGCGAUGCUUGGUUUGAAUCCAUACAGCCAUGGGCAGUGGCGUCCCCGCAGAGAAGUAGACUAGUGUGGGUACGAAUUUCAGGGAUCCCGUUGAAAGCUUGGUGUGAGAGGUGCAUCACAUUGAUCGGAGGUACAGUGGGCGAGGUGGUGAUGGUGCAUGAUGAUACCAAAAAGAAGUCUUUUCUGUGUGAAGGAAGAGUUCUAGUGUUAUGUACUGAUGCAACCAAAAUAGCAAAAUUGGUACAAUUGAAGAUCGAAGGCCAGAUUCAUGAGGUAUGGGUGUCGGAGGAAGAAUGGAGAUCAGACCCCGAUUGGUGGUUAUCGGACGGUGAUCGGCGGAGCUCUUCAGGUGCAUCAUCGGAAGAUUCCGUAUCUCAAAUUGGUGAAGAAGAUCAGGAAAUUAAUAUUGCCGAGAUUAGUGCCGAAGAAGAGGAUAGCAUUGAUUCGGAGCAGUUUCAGAUGGAAGGAAAUUUGAAUUCAAAUAGUAGGGAGAUAACGGCUCAGGAGGAAUAUGGAAUGAAUGGCGGGAUUGAACAGGGUAUGGAUGAUAGGGGGAUAGUGGACUCGAUUGGGCUUGUGAAGGAUAAUGAGUUGAUAGCUGAUAAUGGGCCGGGGGUUAACUUUACAGGGAUGGUCGAAAAUUGCAAAAGCUUAGGGCCCAAAGUCAUAGUUCUAGAAGAAGCAACACGUGAUAAGGAUAGGAAAGAAGUGAUGGGUAAAAGGAUGAGAAAGCUUGCGGAUUGUGAUCCACAAGAAGGGAGAGAAACUCGAGAAGAACAAGCAAUCUGGGUUACCAGACGGUUGAAACAGAGACAAGCAAGGAGGAUGAAAGCCCAGCAGCAGCCAGAGGAAGCGAGUCGGUCCCAGCAAGAAUUAAGGAGUGAUUCUCUUUCAGAUGGGUGUAUUGCUCACCGGAACCGUGUGAUUCACCAGGAACUAAAUCUGCAAGAGGUAAGAAGAAUGAUUAGAGCUGGGCGAAGGCUCGGCAUGCAGUUUCAAGGGAAUGAAGAGGAGGUAGGGUGGAAGUGGGUUUUGCUUGCAAUGAAGUUUAUUUCUUUUAAUGUUAGAGGAUUGGGGGGAACGGUGAAGAGGAGGGAGUUGGGUAAUUUAGUAAGGGCAGAGAAACCAGAUUUUCUAUUUGUCCAGGAAACCAAAUUACAAGAGAUAGAUGAAGGACUGUGUCAAAGGUUGUGGUAUUUAGAUGAGUUCGGAUGGAGUAUGAAAAGUUCGAUUGGAGCUUCCGGAGGUUUGUUGUGUGUGUGGAAUAUGUCAAUUUUUGUCAAAUUGGAGGAGUUUGUAGGUGACGGGUUCUUGGGUAUAAAAGGAGUUUGGGGUGUAAAUAAGGAACCGUGUCUGUUUGUGAAUGUGUAUGGCCCGACUGAUAGAAGGAGAAAGGCUGCGUUAUGGGAUGAGCUGAGGCAGAGAAUUACAGAGGAGGGUGGGAGAUGGUUGCUGGCAGGGGAUUUCAAUGCUGUGCGGUGUCUUGAAGAAAGAAGGGGAAGAACAGGUAUGAGUGUAGAGAUGUCGGAGUUUGAUGCUUUCAUAGAGACAACAGGUUUGGUUGAUCUUAAGUUGGCCAAUAGGAAGUUUACAUGGUAUAGACCGGAUGGUACAUCCAUGAGUAGAUUGGAUAGGGUAUUGAUGACUGUGGAGAUGAGCAGUAUGGGUGAGGAAUGGGUGCAGAAGGGGCUGAGGAGAAAUAUAUCUGAUCAUUGUGCUAUUAUUUUAAAAACAAGAGUUACGGAUUGGGGACCAAGACCUUUUAGGGUGUUGGACGUUUGGCAGCAACAUCUAGAUUUUAAGAAAUUCGUUGAAGACAACUGGAAUGAGAUGGAGGUGGAUGGGUUUGCGGGGUAUAGGUAUUUACAGAAAUUAAAAAUGUUGAAGAAGUUUUUGAAAGGGUGGAAUAAGGAAGUGUUCGGGGAUGUAGAAGCUCAAUUUCAGGAUGCUAUUGAUAAGGUUGCUCAGAUUGAUAUGAAGAAUGAAGAGGCUGAUUUGGAAGUGGAAGAGUUGGCUGAAAGAAAAGAAGGCUUUCAUGAAAUGUGGGAUAUUAUGAAGAAGAGGGAGAUUAUAUGGAAGCAGAAAUCACGAUGUAGCUGGGCCAAAUUAGGGGAUGCUAAUACGAGGUUCUUCCACAAAGUAGCAAAUGGUAGAAAGGCUUUUAAUAACAUUAAUGGCUUCGUGUGUGAUGGCAAGUGGGUGGAGGAGCCAGUGGAGGUGAAGAGAGAGGUUGUCAGGUAUUUUGGUAAGAGGUUUGACGGAGAAUCCUGGCGACGACCCAAGCCUGUCGGAAUUAAUUUUAAGCAGAUCUCGGAAGAGAUGAAAACAGGGUUAGAAAGGCCAUUUUCUGAAGAGGAGAUUGAGGAAGGGUUGAAGAGUUGUGAGGGAGCUAAAGCACCAGGGCCGGAUGGAUUCAAUUUUAAUUUUCUCAAAUUUGCGUGGAAUUGUUUGAAGGCAGAUUUUAUGAGCUUUUUUGAGGAAUUUCACCAGAAUGGCAGGCUAAAGGGUGUAAUGUCAGGGAUAAUUAGUGACUCUCAAUCUGCUUUUCUGGGGGGUCGUCAAUUGGUUGAUAGUGUUUUAGUUCUAAAUGAGGUUGUCGAUGAAGUUAAGUUGAAGAAACAAAAGUCUUUCGUUUUUAAAGCUGAUUUCGAAAAGGCGUAUGACUGUGUAGAUUGGGCAUACUUGGAUUGGAUGUUGUGCAGGAUGGGAUUUGGAAUGAAAUGGCGUGGAUGGAUUAGGGAGUGUCUGUCAACAGCAAGGAUUUCGGUUUUAGUGAAUGGAAGUCCGACGGAGGAGUUUGGGAUGGGUAAAGGUUUAAGGCAGGGCGACCCGUUAUCCCCGUUUCUUUUUCUGAUAGUUGCUGAGGGGUUAAAUGGAUUAGUUAGGAGAGCAGAAGCUGAAGGAAUGUUACAUGGCAUCGCAGUGGGUAAUAAGGGGUUAAUUGUCUCUUUGCUUCAAUUUGCUAAUGAUACGGUGAUUUUGGGGAAUGCUGACAGUGAGAAUAUAUUUGCAGUUAAGACCAUUUUAAGAUGCUUCGAGUUGAUGUCUGGUUUACGGAUUAAUUUUUGCAAGAGUAGUGUGGCCAGAUUCAAUGUGUCAGAAAGAUGGAUUAAAGGGGCAGCAAGUGUCUUACAUUGUGGUGUUGGGGGAACUUCUUUUUGGUACUUGGGGUUGCCGGUUGGUGGGAAGAUAAAAUGUAAGAAGAUGUGGGAACCUGUUCUGGAAAAAUUUCGGGCCAGGCUUGCCAUCUGGAAGUCUUCUACGCUGUCCUCUGGUGGCCGCAUCACUCUACUCCACUCGAUACUCUCUGCUAUCCCUAUCUUUUAUAUGUCGUUAUUUUUAAUGCCAAAGUGUGUGGUUUCGGAGUUGAUUAGUAUUCAACGGGCUUUUUUGUGGGGUGGGGUGGAGUUAAAGAGGCAAAUUCCAUGGGUUAAGUGGGAGUAUAUUUGUUUAAGUAAGAAUAAGGGUGGGCUAGGAGUGCUAGAUUUAUGUAGGAAGAACUGGGCUUUAUUAGGGAAAUGGUGGUUUAGAUUAGGUGAUGGGGUGGAGGGUUUGUGGAAGAAGGUGGUGCGGGAGAAGUAUUAUGGGGGCAGGGAGGAAGUAGAUAUUACGACGUUUGAGAAUGUGAGGGUGUCUAAGAUUUGGAGAGAUAUUAUCAAUAUAGGACAACGAUCUGUAAGAUCACAAGAUUUGUUGAGCAAGGGGUUCAAGUGGGUGGUAGGGAAUGGCUAUCGAGUGGGGUUCUGGAGGUCGGUUUGGGUGGGGGAGAAAUCUUUAAAGGAAUUGUGUCCUCGAUUGUUUGAGUUGGCCAUAAAUAAGGAGGGUUUUCUUAGUGAGAUUGGGGGUUGGGAGGAGGGUAGUUGGCGAUGGAAUAUAAUUUGGCGGAGAGAGAGGUUUGGAAGAGAGAAGGAUGAGGAACUAAAGUUGUGGGAGGUGUUGAGUAGCGUUUGCAUUAAGGUGGGGGUUGCAGAUCGUUGGCGGUGGAGGCAUGCUUCAGAUGGGAUGUAUGUGGUGAAACAAGCCUAUGAGUUUUUACAACCGACGGAUUCUAUUCUUAAUGAUUGGCUGUGUAAGUUAAUUUGGUGCCGGUUAGUACCUUCUAAGGUAAGUUUCUUUGGGUGGAGAUUAUGCCUUCAGAGACUUCCAACAAAAUGGAAUUUGCACAAGAAAGGGGUGGUGUUAGAAGGAGGCUUAAUGUGUGGGCUGUGUAAUGAGGAGGUGGAAGAUACUAAUCAUCUGUUUUGUACAUGUAAAGAAGUCUGGUUAAUUUGGGUUAAGGUAAUGUCUUGGUGGGGAGUAGAGGUUGUGCUGCCGUCUAGUCUGGAGGGGGUAGCAGAAUUUUUCAUCUAUGGAUUGGGUGAGGUUGUAGGGAAGGAAUUGGGAGCAAGUAUUUUUCUGGUUACAUCAUGGUAUAUCUGGUAUUGGAGGAAUUGUAGAGUUUUCAAGGGAGAUGUGGCCUUUAGGGAGGGGUUGUUGGAUAUGUUACAGGAAAAGAUUUUCUUCUGGGUCAAGAAUAAAGUGCAGGGAUGUGUAUUUUCUGUUUGUGAUUGGAAGGUAAAUCCGCAAGAGUGUGCUGCAGCUAUGAGAAAUUAUAAGAGGAGGCAAAAGGAGUUUCACCAGCACCAAAAAGGACGGCUAUAGAUGGUGAAGUAGCCUGAGGUUUCUUUUGCUAUUAUUUGGUUUCUGUUAGUUAUAAUUUAAUUUUGUAACUGGGUUAGAGUACCCCUUGUACUCUACAUAAUAAAGUUGAUUUUGCUGA